AUGUUAAACCAAUUAAAGCCAGGAUUAAACCCGACUUCAAUAUCUUGUGAUUUUGAGCAAGCAAUACUAAAAUCUAUAAAAACUGAAUAUCCUAAUACUGAAAUUUAUGGUUGUCUUUAUCAUUUUUCCAAAAAUGUUUAUAAAAAAUUAUGUGACCUAGGGAUUGUGUCAAAUUAUCGAAAUAAUUCUGAUUUUUCAAUCUUUGUGAAAAUGGUUGUAGCAUUGACAUUUAUUCCAAUUAAUGAUAUUGAUUUGGCAAUUGAAUCGUUGUCGGGAUACUUACCAGACGAAUUACAGCCCUUACUAGACUGGUUUGAAGACAAUUAUGUUGGACGAAUUAAUAGAAAUCGAAGAGGUCGUCGAUUACCUUUAUUUCCUCCUAAUAUUUGGAGCAUGUAUAACAGAGUUUUGAAUGGAAAAAAUAGAACCAACAAUCACGCCGAAGCUGCUAAUCGAAGACUAAACAUGGAGAUGGGCGUUAACCAUCCAAGUUUGUGGUCUUUUAUAACGUGUCUUCAAAAAGUUCAGUCAGGUAGAGACUUUUAUUAUAGUCAAUUAGAAGCAGGAAAUAGUCCCCCUAAAAAAUUAAAAAAAUAUAUUGAUGUUGAUAAGAGAAUUUUAAAAAUUGUUCAAAAUUAUGAACAAAGUGAAAUUUUAACAUUUUUGAGAGGGAUAGCCCAAAAUAUUUCAGUACAUAAAUAA